AUGCACUACUCCCAGUUUCUCCCCUUCGUCACUCUUUUCGCCUCCUCUGUUGUCGUCGAGGCCAGCCCAACAGCAAUGCUUGAAGGGCGCUCAGUGGGACUUGUUGCUCGCGCUCCGGACACGCCGGGUGACGCGUGCAUCAGGACGCCAGUGAGCGCGGAGCCCGACUACUCAUACUACACGUUCCACAUCAACGCAGACAUCGGAGAACGCGCCAAAAACGCGGGACUUGUCAAGAUCGGCGUGCAACAGCAUUGCGACUCGAACGGCGGUCUUUUUGGAAUGUGGGCCACGAACACGAAUAACUGGGCGUAUGUGCUUCUGGACAAGUUCGGCCCCGAGAACCCGUACAAGGUCAAGGUCGACCGCUGCCAGAAGGGCAAGGAUCGUCACAUCUCUACCUACAGAGUAUGGCUGUGCAACGAAAACAACUGGUGCGGGACUACGGCCUGCGGAUUGGACCGGAAGGUCUGUCCUGAAAAGAAGACGAAGGCGGUUGACUUGUCAGACAACUUGAUCUGGCCGUGCGCUCUUUAA